AUGAAGCACAAUGAUUUUCUUUGUGGAGUUAUUGAAGGUUAUUAUGGUCGUCCAUGGUCAUUUAAUCAACGUAAAACACUUUUUGAAUAUUGUUUAAAAUUUGGUUUAAAUACAUAUGUCUAUGCACCAAAAGAUGACGCAAAACAUCGAUCUCGUUGGCGUGAUCUUUAUUCACAUGAAGAAUCAUCUGAACUGAGUCAAUUGAUUCAUAUAGCGAAACGUUAUGGAAUAAAAUUUGUAUAUGCUUUAUCACCCGGUUUAGAUUUAAUUUAUUCAUCGGAUAAAGAUUUGAAAGCAUUAAAAAGAAAAUUGGAUCAAUUAUCAAGUUUUCGAUGUGAAUAUUGGGCUUUGUUAUUUGAUGAUAUUGAAAGUGAAAUGUGCCAACAAGAUAAAGAUCGUUUUUUAUCAUUUGCACAUGCUCAAGUUACUGUUACUAAUGAAAUCUAUGAUUAUCUUAAUAAACCAAAUAUUCUACUCUUUUGUCCAACCCAAUAUUGCAGUCAAAUGGCGAAACCUUCUCUUGAACGAUCUUCCUAUUUACAAACAAUUGGUAAUGGUCUUCAUCCUGAUAUUGAUAUUUUCUGGACCGGUUCAAAAGUAAUAUCUCGACGUAUAUCUGUUUCUCAUAUAUUAUCAGUGAACACUGUUUUACAACGACGCGUAACAAUUUGGGAUAAUUUAAAUGCAAACGAUUAUGAUCAACGUCGUUUAUGUUUAGGACCAUUUUCCGGUCGUUCAUCAAAUUUAUCAUCUCGUUUAUCUGGAAUGUUAUCAAAUCCGAAUUGUGAAUUUGAAUUAAAUUUUAUUCCGCUUCAUACUCUUGGUCAAUGGUAUCAGUCAUUACGAAUAAAUGAAAGUCAAGAUCAAAUUGAUGACGACGAAGACAGUCUUCAAAUAACUCAAAUUUAUCUACCUAAUAAAGCAUUAGACCAAGCAUUAAUUGAAUGGUUACCAGAGUUUCAGAAAGUUAAAUCUGCGUACGAUUCUCAAAAACUUGUGAAAAUUGAUAAUUCUCCACAAGCGAUGAGUCCUAAACCGACUGUAUCAUCAUUAAUCAUCGAUGAGGAUUCACAAGACUCGAUAUGUGAAAGUCAAACAUCAACAACAUCAUCAUCAAAAAUGCAUAUUAUGGAAUGUGAUGGGAAUGGAAAUACAGGUGGUGAUCUAACAUUAGAAGAUAUAAGAUUACUUGUGGAAUUAUUUUAUUUACCUUAUGAACAUGGGCCUAAUGCUCAACAAAUGUUUAUUGAUUUUUAUUGGCUUAGAUUUAAUUAUUCUCGAAAUGAAAAAUUAAAUGAAUGGCAUUGUCGGGCUUCAUCAUUUCAUAAUAAUGCGAAACAUGUUGGUCGUCUUGUUCAACGGUUAACAACAAUUCAUAAUCGAUCAUUACUCUAUGAUAUCUAUAAUUAUGCGUCUGAUAUUAGUUCAACUAUUUCUCUGUGUUCAAGAUAUUUGCACUGGAUGGAUAUUGAUCAUAAACAUUCAACAGUAUUCUUGUCUGGUGAUAUUGAACCAGCAUCAAAACGUGGUGGUCUUGCAGGUGAAUUUUUGAGUAUUCUUCCGAUGGGUGAUUUUCAGUCAAUAAUUAAACCAGAUGUUAAUACUUCACCAAGUGUUUUCUUCAUUCAACAACUGUCUUCAGCAGAUCAAGCUGUUAUAUAUGCUUUAUGUACGCAAGUUUCUUAUCGAGAUGAAAUCCAUGAUCUUCUAGAUCAACAUUCAGAAAUUUUAGCUGACAAAUUGAUCGGUGGAUAUUUAUUAAGUUCAUCGAAUAAUUUUGAUCUAUGUUUUUCUGUAAAUAAUAUCGAAGAUGAAUUAUGUGCAUUUGUAUUGACAAUAAUUGAAAGUGAAAAAUACGAUAAAAUUAUUCAAGCAACAUGGAUUACACAACUCCAUCAGAAAUAUCCGAAUGUUGAUCAAAAUUUCUUUGAAGUUAAUGAAUGUCAUCAAUGGAUUUAUGAUCGAUAUGCUGUUCGUAUACAAUUAUUUAUUGAUUUAACAAUCAAAACUGCUAAUGCAUAUUUUAUUGGAAAUAAAUUAAUGAAUAUGAUUAUCAAUAAUCUAAUUAAACGAGGUUUUCAUGGAUGUCAUGCUUUAUUGGAUGAACGAUAUCCUUUACUACAUCAAUUUUAUCUAAGACUUGGCUUUGUUGACCUACCAAAUAUUGAACAGAAUGAUCAUAUAAUUCUUGUCGGAAAGCAAUUUUAA